CGGCGUGUAAUGCGAUGACAGAGGGAACACCGACGAGACGCCCUUAAAAACAAGAGUAUAAAAGAAACCAGUAACAGAAACAAACACAGCUCCACAAGACAAACAGAAAGCGAAGAACAAAUAGCAAGAAAAAACAACAACAACCACACAUUGAAGAAACCUUGGUGUUGUUUCCAUAUUCUUCCUUAACAGAUCGGGCUCGAAACCUGAAAUGGGCAUAGAAGUUACUGACGUCUGCAUGGACAAGGAGCCAAAUUGUGUCAUCGUUUAUUCAAAUGGUGUCUCCCAUGGUCCAACUCAUGAAACUGUUCCUGACGACCAUGGUGUUCUGGAAUCCUAUGAACCUAUCAAUGGUGUUCCAGAGCUCCAUAGCUCAGAGGAGAGUACUGAAGCGAAGGAAUAUGUGGUGAAGGAAUGUACCACUGAAGUCUCAGUUGAGGUUACUGAGCUUUCCCAUGCUGAAAAAAGCAAGGAAGAUCAGACUGUUACAGUAUGCUCAAAUUUUGAGGAUGGCUUGAAAGUGGAAAAGGUCAAAGCACUAAACCGGAAAUCUAAGGAUAUCGGUCAGAAAAAAUCGUCUACAAAGCAUGCAUCAAAACCUGCUCCUGCUGGACUUGCUCGAACAAAACACACUGUUCCGCAGCCAUUUGCCUUAGCAACUGAAAAGCGUGCUUCAUUGGGAAUGCGUCCUUCUGGCGAACCUGAUAUCACCAAUGGUCUAAACAAAUCAUCCAAGGCAAACAAUGUGCUACGUCCAAACCCUAUAAAGCAGAAUCAGCCACUUUCUGUGUCAAGGAAGCCAUUGCAACCAAAUAAUAAGAAGCAUCCAGAUGAGGAAGAUAAUUGUUCUGUCACUUCCUCUACCACAACAUCUGCACGGCCUGCUACGUUCAAGCCAGCUGCUGUGGCAGCCCCUGUAUUUAGAUGCAAUGAACGUGCUGAAAAGCGGAGGGAGUUCUAUUCAAAGUUAGAGGAAAAACAUCUAGCAUUGGAGGCUGAGAAAACCCAAAGUGAAGCAAGGACCAAGGAAGAGAAGGAGGCAGCCAUCAAGCAACUGAGGAAGAGUUUGAUGUUUAAGGCUAGCCCAAUGCCAAGUUUCUACCAUGAAGGACCACCGCCUAAGGUCGAACUAAAAAAGCUGCCACCAACACGUGCAAAAUCACCAAAAUUGGGCCGAAGGAAGAGCUGCAGUAAUGGAGUGAAUUCUUCUCAGCCAGACAGAGUGAAAGGAGCUUGUGGUGAUGGAAAUAACCAAAGUCAGGGUAUUUUCAGAGAAGAUACCAGCAACCCUGUUUCUCAGCACAGUAUCCCGAAAGGCCAUGUCAUUUGCAAAUUUGAAGAUGAAACUAGGCAAAUGGAAGGGAUAGAUGAGUUGAUUCCACUCGAGGUAAGUGGACAGAGUUUUGCAGGCAUUGGCCUUCAGUCUUAAUAUGGUGUUGAGUUCUUAAUUCUUAAUUUAUGAGAAACAAAAUGUCCCAAUUUUUCUCCUUCUGCGACUGCUUGAAGAAUAUGAAUGUUGUUCCCUUUUAAGUUGCAAGGACUUGUUGCAGUGUUUAUGUAAUGUAUCAAGUGUAAAUUUCCUGUAACUUAUGCUAUCUAUGUAAAGCAUUCCCUUUUUUUCUGUAAA